AUGUCAGAACCAAACGCUAAACCACUCCACCCUAAGCGCUGGCUCAUCGCAUAUAAUUCCAUCUCGGCCUCCUUGUGGUCGGUUGUGCUCUUCAAUACCAUCUUUUUGGGCUCGCUUCUUGGGCAACCUUUGCUCUUCGACAAGACCCAAUUGAUUCUUACCCUCGUUCAAUGUUGUGCUGUGGUCGAGAUUUAUAACUCUGUCACCGGUGUGGUCAAGUCGCCUAUUUUUACCACUGUGUCUCAGGUCUUGUCUCGUUUGUUGAUUGUGCUCGGAAUCAUGCAAGUGCUUCCAAACUCCCCAGCAAACUACCAUUGGGUGUACAUCACGUUGACAUUGUCGUGGUCUAUCACCGAGGUCGUCAGAUACUCGUACUAUGCUGCCAACUUGAGAGACGCCAACGCAGUUCCAUACUGGCUUACGUGGAUGAGAUACUCCUUCUUCUAUGUGUUGUAUCCAACUGGAGUUUCUUCCGAAGUUGCCAUGAUCUACCUCAGUCUUGGUGAGGCAGAGAAGGUCGUGGGCUCAUGGUACAAGUGGCUACUUGUUGCCAUUAUCUUCACUUACCCUCCAGGUUUGUACACCUUGUACACGUACAUGAUCAAACAGAGAAAGAAAGUGUUGGGCAAGAAGCCAAUCACCCAGAAGAAGACAGAAUAA